AUGCUGGAUGAAGCUGAAAUCGCAGCGCGAUUACCGCUGCAGCUCGGAGUCUUCAGCAUCCCGCCAAGAAGAUGUGCAGGCAAAGCUGCUGAUGACUCGCAGAGUACUGUGGCUGAUGUGGUUUUGCCGGGCAACGGCCCGGGAUCGGUGGCCUCCACCGAUCCGCAGGGAAAGGAUCAAAAUGUGCUGAUGGCCAAGUUGGGACUUGCGAACACAGCGCAAGAUGUUGACACCACGGCUUUCCAGAAGUACGAGUCCAUGUUCGCCGAUCCACUGUCCGAGUCUAAGCACGAGGCCUUCAAGGUUCUCUUCCAGGAUGACGCCUUCCUUGAUGACUUUGCUUGGGAGGUCGACGAGCUUCUGCCUGUGGCGUGCUAG